AUCUACCAGAAGCCAAUCAGUCACUCAGCUUUUGCGCGUUCUUGGUGAUAGCAGAGAAGACCCAAAGAGGGAAAACGCGCAAUUUAAUUUCUUUAUUUCAUUCAAUUUGAAAAGACACAAUGUCCGACGAUAAAGGAAAGGAGGGGGUCAAGACGGAAAACGAGCACAUCAACCUCAAAGUGGCCGGCCAGGACGGCUCAGUCGUACAGUUCAAGAUCAAGAGACACACGCCCCUGAGCAAGCUCAUGAAGGCCUACUGCGAGAGACAGGGCCUGUCCCUUCGACAGAUCCGAUUCCGGUUUGACGGACAACCUAUCAACGAGACGGACACACCUGCACAGCUGGACAUGGAGGAUGAGGACACGAUCGACGUCUUUCAGCAGCAGACGGGGGGAAGCUGCUAAAGCCCCCCCCCCCCCUCCCUGCCACCACCCCACCUUCCUCCCACCCACCCCUCACUUGGCUCCUGGACCCUCCACCCGUAUCCCCCUCACCCCACCCCACCCCAACCACACCCCAUCCCGGGCGGCCCGGCUGGCUCUCCUCUCCGGCUCCACCCCCACUGGAGCCGAGGCAGUGCGCUGAGGUCCAGGCCUGGGGGGCUGGAGGGGACCAAUGAGGAUUCACUUCCUCUUCCUCUUCCUGCUUGCUGUCCAAUCAGGAGCUCAGCUCAGAGGUGGAACAGUGCUGAGGGUCUGGCUUUUGGUUUUGGUUCUGGUUCCUCUCCAAAUUUAGUAAUUGCCUAUUAUUAUAAGAAUUAUUAUUAUUGUUAUUAUAUAUUUUUAUUGUUUAUUUUUUGUAAUCAUCUGUCUGUGGAAUUCUUUUGGAGGGGGAGGAUGGGUGGAGCUUGUGGGAGUAAAGACAUGUUUUUAAAACAGUUACCAUAGAACAUCCAACACACACACACACACACACACACACACACACGCACAUGCACAUGCACACACAUGCACACAUACAUUCCGCUCCUCAGCUGUGCCAUGCUGAGACACACACACACACACACACACACACCUGUCUGUCUUUUUGACUUGACAGCAGGUGAGCUGCCGGUGGCCCCUAAUCACAUGACCUCAGUUGUAACCCAAAACCAACAGGAAAUGAAACAAAAUCAUUGUUCCUUCUUUUUAUCUCCUUUUAUUUGUGUUUUUUUUUUUUUUUUUGAGCGCAGCGGUUCGCUGUUGUGUGUGUCUGUCCUCUCGGCGCCCCAGAGUUUUAAUCGGAACGUUUCUGCAGCCGCUGCCUCCUUCGCCCUCUCCGCGCUCCAUCCAGACCUGAUGGGCCGAGCUCAGAGUUGCUCCUCUCAUUGGCCUGAUUCCCUGGGCAGUUCCACAGCAGUUAAAUGGACCAACCAGUCAUGACUCUGGCCAGAGGUGUACAGAUGUUUCCCUUAUUUCUCAGAGAAUGUUAUGGUAUAUCUCUUCCUCUCUUUACCUCUCUCUCUCUCUUUCUCUCUUUCUCUCUCUCUCUCUCUCUCUCUCUCUCUCUCUCUCUCUCUCUCUCUGCUGGGUGGACACCAUGUGUAAGACUCCUCUUUUCUUCCCUUCCUCUAGUACCAGAGAGAGAGGGCGGUGUAUCAAAGCAAAGGUUUCUUUUUUUCUGUAUUCUACUUCUCAGCUGAUUUUCAGUUUGUCCUUUACUACUGUAUACAAUAAAUAUAGUUUGGUACUCA